UCAAUUCGUAAGGUCAGUUGUCACGGCAAUGGACUAGCACCAAGCGCUGGUUCCCAUAGAAACCCCCUGGAAAGCAAACAAAACAGAAGUGUUCAAGCGAAAUUUUUUCAUUUUCCAACGAAGCGCAAACACAGUAUGCUGCAUCAGGGAAUCAUUUUGCGUGAAGGACAUGUCACCAGGACAAUUUACAACUUGAUCAAAGACAAGCGUUAUGAGGAUGUAAUCGAAUGCAUAACCAACUUUGGGGAGGCAGCCAGCACAAGAGCAGGCCUUUCCACCCUGGGGCAUUGUUAUUACCACGCCCAGAAGUACGAGGAGGCCGCCACUUGCUAUGAGCAAAUUUGCCACCUAGCACCCAAUGAAGCCAAGUACAGAUUCUAUUAUGCCCAAUCCCUUUAUCAGGCUGGGCUUUUUGGGGAGGCUCUGCGGGUCCUUAAACAAAUCGGUGACCAGGAGGACGAACUCCAAGAGCUUUGCCUUCAACUGCAGAGUGCCAUUUUGUACUCCAGUGAGGACUAUGCCGGCGCCCAGAGUCUUCUAAAUCAGCGGGCUGGUGGCACUGCCGAAACCCUCAAUGAUGAGGGGUGCCUGCUCUUUCAAGCAGAGCAGCAUGAGGCAGCGGUGCAAAGAUUCCAGGCUGCACUCCAAGUGGGUGGCUUUAACCCCUUGGUGGCGUACAAUGUGGCCCUGGCUCAUUUUCAAAGGAAGCAGCGGGCCCAGGCUCUCGAUUACACCUCGGAAAUAGUGGAGCGAGGCAUGCGGAAUCAUCCAGAGUUGGGGAUCGGGGCCCAAGUGGACACAGAUGGCAGCGCCAGGAGUGUGGGAAAUCCCAUCACAAUGGCCAUGUCGGGAAUAACGCAGGCGCUUAACUUAAAAGCAGCUUUGGAAUACCAGGAUGGCAAUGAAGAAGCUGCUAGGGAAGCACUCAUAGACCUACCGCCACGUGCUGAAAGUGAAUUGGACCCGGUCACGUUGCACAACAUGGCCAUAACGGACCCCCAGGGUCCAGUCGCGGGGCUCAGGAAACUGGCCUUCCUGCUCCAGUUGGGCGACGCAUCCUGCCCGAAGGAGACUUUUGCCAACAUUCUGCUGAUCUGUUGUCGGCACGAACUCUACGAAACAGCUGCGGAUAUCCUUGCCGAGCACACGGGCCUCACCUACAAGUAUUUAUCACAGUAUCUUUACGAACUCUUGGACGCUCUGAUAACCGCACAAACAAGUGGAGAGUUGGCCGAAAAGAAACUGGGUACCUUGGCGUCUAGUCUGGCCGGAAAGCUACGCAGCUUGGCAGCCAAAGUUCAAGAGGUGAGGGCCACUAAUGAGCAACAGGCACUCAGAGAUGCCCUCAAGGACUACGAACAGGCCCUGGAACUUUAUCUGCCAGUGGUAAUGGCUCGAGCCUGGAUUUCCUGGCGAGAUGAUGAUUUUGUGGGAGCUGAAAGAGAGUUCCAUUCGAGUGCAGAAUUUUGUUCAGAGAACUCAAUUUGGAGGCUAAAUGCGGGACAUGUCCUCUUCAUGCAGGGCGAUAAAUACCAAGAGGCAACUGCCUUUUACGAGCCCAUCGUCCGUCAGCACUCUGAUGACAUCAUGUCCGUUUCGGCAGCCGUGCUGGCCAACCUGUGCGUGUCCUACAUCAUGACCCUGCAGAACGAGGAGGCCGAGGAACUAAUGCGCAAAGUGGAAAAAGCCGAGGAGCUAAAGGGCAAUAUGGGAAAGCAGUACCACCAUUUGUGCAUUGUCAAUCUGGUGGUGGGCACUCUGUACUGCGCCAAAUCAAACUAUGAGUUCGGCCUCUCCCGCAUCGCCCACGCACUGGAGGGUGGGUCAGGGAACAGGCUGUACGCGGACACCUGGCUGCAUGUGAAGCGAUGUAUCCUGGGGCUGUUAACGGGCAUGGCCAAGCAGAACAUAAUCCUUCCCUAUGCCAUCGUGCAGGAGGUGCUCAGCUUUUUGCGCUUUUGCGAGGCCUACGGCCUCCUGACACCGGCUAAUAUAUUUCCUGCCACUGAACAGGUGCCGGAAAACCCACUGACCAUUGGUCUGGAGGCCAGGAAAUUGCGGUUACUUUUGCUGAAACUCAGCGAGUAUGAUAAUUUUUAAAACAACCUUUGCUUUUUUAAAGAUUUGUGAAAUAAAAGGUUUUACCUAU